AUGAAGAAAGGCGAACAUAAACGAAGCUUCAUGAAGUGGGAAGAUUUUGAUGAUGUUCAGAUCAUUCGAUUGGACGGCGUUUCAUUUUACUGGAACAGCAGGACGUCUUUAAUAUCGCACCUGGAAGAUAAGUCAGAGAUUAGGGAGGCGUUAGAGAAAGGCAUCGCCAAGUCUGACUAUCUGCCAGCUGAUUAUUGUUACAUCGUUAAUCCGAUUUCGCUCGACGUGAAACUUGUGCUUAACCCAAAGCCAGAAAACGAUGAACCGAAAUUUAGUAUUCCGAAAGCGGAUAUGAUUUUAAAGAUGACCACCGUGUGCAUCAGUGUGCAGAAGUACCAGUAUCAAGACGUGCUUGAAUUUCUUGAAGCUCAGGAAAGAUUCGCUCUGAACGCCAAGUACAGAAAGUAUCGACCGGACGUUGCAGCUUACGCAGGAAAUUCGAAGACUUGGUACGGCAUCUUGUAA